AUGAGCUCUGCACCUGCUCCUACUCAGGCGUCAGCGGGUGAACCAGGAUGCCUUUCUACCUCAGGUGCCAGGCUGGGCACCAUAAUGAGCAGGUCCUUGUUCUCUCUCGAAGAUAUUGUUCUCUACAUCGUCGUGGCCGUGCGGUCCUACGUCGUCUGGAUCUUAUCUAGCACCUACUAUAGAGCGAUGAACGUCCCUGGCUUGUCCGACGUUCUCCGUCAAGUGUCGUCAUCUCCCCGCAUUGCUGCGGGUCCGCCCGCGGCCCCUCCUUCUCCUGCGGAAUUGUCCCCAUCAGCACCGCCUCGAUCUUCGUGUAAUCAUCGGGUAUCAGAAAGUCGCAGCGCUUGGAGCACUCGUGGGUGCAUUGUGGAAGGCGUCCUGUUCACCGUUGUCUGUGGGUACUGGAUGAGGGGGUUGUGGCCGCUCGAUCCUCUCACCUUGGGGAAAAUGUUCGCUGGCGCAAUCUUUCGUCUUCCUGUGCAGUACAUAGUGCACCAUGCGUUUCCCGAGCUGCGAUGGCUGUGGAGCGCACAGGUAGUAUCCGUGGAACACACAAACAUCGAUGGGGAACGAGUCGUCCUGUUGAAUAGCACCAAUCUUGAUGGUAUAGACCCCUCCGAAUACGACUUCUUUCAGAAAGUGUAUAGUUUUGUUGUGUUCACAUUUGCCCUGGUUACGAUACCUGGAGAUCUUGGGGCGUCAAUUUCCGUAGUGUUGAUUUCACAUCUGUCCCUUGUUUUUAGCGUUUUUCAAGUCGCGGUUGUGAUCGUCAUAUAUUUCUCGUGUUGGACUAUUUGUUUGACCCACCUCUUGUAUCGACCCUUCAUCAAAACAGCCAUUUAUGGCCGGUUUUUCCAAUGGGAGCUGAUUUGCAUGACCCAGCCAAGGUGUAGACACGUGCGAGCCUUUUUACUAGCCGGCGGCAUGAUCUACGCGGUUUUGUUGCACUUGUCUCCCGCACCUUCCAAGUGGACCUGGAGCUUAAUUGUGACGCACUCCACCAGGCUAUUGAGUCUCUUGAUUGCCCUCCGAGGUGACAACGAAGGCGUAGCAAAUGCGGCCGGGGAGAUCGUUGCGCAUGUGCCCGAAGCGGUGUAGGGGGUGGAGUCGACAACGUGCCUACGCAAGUGCGGAAUCGUCAUCGGUGUGCAGUAGAAUCCACGUUAUGAUUGCAUUUUUGCGAUAGGUAUGUCGACAUGUGACGUGUUACUUUGCGAUCUUGGAACAAUACGGUCUGGGUAAUAUAUGGUGCCAGACAAAUUAACGGAUUGGUACGAAAAAACGUCCGCGUGAGUUUCGUUCGCGGUGCCGGCUCGAAGAGUUCCUGAGCAAUUGCCAUACUGCUGUGGCUUCGGAUAAAACGACACGAGGAUUGUUGCGAACGAGGUUCGGGUGUAGGUGGGGCUGGAAUCGGAGCAAUUUGGCGAAGG